ACCUGCAAGUAGUGAAGUGCACAGUGCAGUGAAAGACAGUUUUGACUGCUAAAAUAUUGAGGCAAACCAUUUGUGAGUGGUUGUAGAAAUUGCUUUUCUGCUAAAUUUCUUUCAUCUUGGGACCUGCUGUUUGGACGUUUUUGGAGUCGUCUUGAUCCUGUGUGACUGUCAUGCCUACUUACACUGUGACUGUUGCCACAGGGAGCCAGUGGUUUGCGGGAACAGAUGACUACAUCUACAUUACACUGGUUGGAACGGAGCGAUGCAGCGAGAGAACACUGCUGGACAAGGCUCUGUACAAUGAUUUUGAGAGGGGAGCGGUGGACUCCUAUGAUGUGAGGGUUGGGGAAGACCUGGGUGAGAUUGUGCUGGUGAAGAUUGAGAAAAAGAAGUACUGGAUGCAGGAUGACUGGUACUGCAGGUACAUCACAGUCAAGACCCCAAAUGGAGACUAUGUGGAGUUCCCAUGCUUCCGCUGGCUGGUGGGUGACAAGGAAGUGGUGCUGCGGGAUGGACUAGCACGCCUGCCUCAGCAUGAUAAGACCAGUCUGGUCAAGCAACACAGACAGGCAGAGCUUGACAUGAGGCGCAAAAACUUCAGAUGGAGAGAGUGGCAGCCAGGAUUUCCUAUGAGCAUAGAUGCUAACAGACACAAGGAUCUGCCCCGGGACAUCCAGUUUGACAGUGAGAAGGGAGUGGACUUUGUACUGAACUACAGUAAGGCAAUUGAGAACCUGUUUGUGAACCAGUUCAUGCACAUGUUCCAGUCCUCCUGGAAUGACUUUGCUGAUUUUGAGAAGAUCUUUGUGAGAAUCAAAAACACAAUCUCAGAGUAUGUGAUGCAACACUGGAAGGAGGAUUUCAUGUUUGGGUACCAAUUCCUGAAUGGCUGCAACCCUGUAGUGAUUGAAAAAUGCACUAAACUCCCCGACAAGUUUCCUGUCACAAAUGAGAUGGUUUCUGUCAGCCUGGAGAGAGAACUGACUCUGGAGCAGGAAAUAGAGGCAGGUAACAUCUACAUAGUGGACUAUGAGGUGAUAGACGGCAUCAAACCUAACUGUACAGACCCAUGCACCCUGCAGUACCUGGCAGCUCCCAUCUGUCUUUUGUACAAGAACGCUCAGAACAAGAUCUUGCCUAUAGCCAUACAGUUGGGGCAGACUCCAGGGGAGGACAACCCGAUCUACCUGCCCACUGAUGAUCAAUAUGACUGGCUGCUGGCGAAGAUCUGGGUCCGCUCAGCUGACUUCCAGCACCACCAAACCAUCACACAUCUGCUCAGGACACAUCUGAUCACAGAGAUGUUUGCUAUCGCCAUGUUCAGACAGCUGCCCGCUGUCCACCCUGUGUAUAAGCUACUCAUCCCACACGUGCGCUUCACCAUCGCUAUAAACACCAAGGCCAGGGAGCAGCUCAUCUGUGAGUGUGGGAUCUUUGACAAGGCAAACGCAACAGGUGGAGGCGGUCAUGUCCAGCUCAUUCAGAAGGCCGUGAAGAGUUUGACCUUCAGGUCUCUGUGCUUCCCUGAUAUGAUCAAAGCCCGCGGUGUGGACAAACAGGAGGAGCUACCGACCUAUUUCUUCAGAGACGAUGGACUCAAGGUGUGGGAGGCUACAAAGAGCUUUGUGUCAGAUGUGGUGCAUAUUUACUACACCAGCGAUGAGACAUUUCAGGGAGACGAAGAAAUCCAGGCCUUCAUUAAAGAUGUGUGCAGCUUUGGUAUGCAGGACACCGAUUACUGUGAGUUUCCUAAGUCUCUGAAAACACGCGAGGAGCUGACAGAGUACCUGACUGUCGUUGUGUUCACUGCUUCAGCCCAACAUGCAGCUGUCAACUUUGGACAGUAUGACUGGUGCUCUUGGAUUCCCAAUGCCCCAUCUACCAUGCGGAGGCCCCCACCCAACAAGAAGGGCUUGGCAGAUGUGAACUUGAUUAUUGAGAGUCUCCCUGAUCGCGGACGCUCCAGCUGGCACCUGGGGGCCGUCUGGGCCCUCAGCCAGUACCAAGAGAAUGAGCUGUACCUGGGCAUGUAUCCUGAUGAGCACUUCAUUGAGAAGCCAGUGAAGGCAGCCAUGGAAAAGUUCAGGAAGCAGCUGGCUGAGAUAAGCAGCACCAUCAAGAGGAGGAAUGAGGGAAAGAAGCUGCCGUACUACAACAUGUCCCCCGACAAAAUCCCAAACAGUGUUGCAGUUUGAGGAAUAUAAUCAUGUCUCUACUUUAUUUUGCAAAACGCACAGUGAAGUUCUGCUCAUGGUCUAAACAUGUU